AUGACUCCUGGUUUUGUGGCCAAGACGCGGUUCUGCCGGCUGCAGAUAUCCUUCCUUGACGAAUGCGAUGCUCACCACAUCAAGUUCCAUGUUUUUGAGUACCAGAAGACGAACAGUCCGUCGAUCAAGUGUAUCUGGCAGCACACAGAGGACACGUCUUACCUGAAGGAGAAGGCUGCUCAUCCUCUCGCUAUUGAAGUGCUUUUCAAACGUGUUCCUUCUAAUGUGGUUCCAAAUGUGCUGAAGGAUUUGCUGGUCCAUUUCAAGCUGAAGAUGAGGAAGCAGUCAGCUUUCAAGGAAGGCUUCGCCUUCCACCACGUGGUUCACCCGCUCACCGGAGCAGAUACCGAUGUGAUCAAAGGGAUGGUGGUUCAGCACCCUGCUGCCUCCCUGAGUACCUCCGCCUUAAUUACUCCCAUCCUCAAAGACCCCGCCAUCGCACUUGUCUCCACCGGCAGCAACCGCGAGGAAUGGAUCUGCACGCAAGUGUGCUGCGGGAAGACGAAGGAGAAAACAUUCAUGGCUGCUGCGGAACACAUUGUCUCCGCGUCCCAUCUGCUGAACCUGGAGAAGCUGGGAACUGCAACCAAAGCCUCGCUGGACAAGCUGAACCUUGCUCAUCUGAAGAAAGACUAUGGACUUUGA